UUUUUGUCAAAAAUUUGUCCAUCUAUUUUUUAUCAUAUAAUUUUCAUAUAAUAAUCUAUAAUAAUCCAGACUCAUGUGGAGAGAAAUUGUAACGUAUAAUUCAUCAAUACUGGUUUUGAACGUUAUAGUUGACGAAAAUGCAAUUGCUCAUUUGACUCAUUUUACAUAUGAACAGAAGUCAAAUUGUUUUGUACUUGGUGGACGAAAAAAACAAACUAUUCAACCAUUACAAACCAACAAUGGAAGAAACAAAAUCUCUUGCCUUGGAUUUCAAGUUAUUUUGGAUCAGUAUUAUGGUAUAUUCUUACCAUAUUUCGUUGCACAAGAUAACAAAUCCUGUUAUUUAUUCUGCCUUGAUUCGAACUAUGAAUGGUUGAUGAGAUAUAAAUUCUUACUACCUGACAACAAUAUGCAACUUUGUGAUACAAGUUACUCGAUUGAAAACGGACCAACUCUGAUCUGGGCAGUGAGAAAUGAAAUAUUCAUUUAUAGAGCAGAAUAUUUGGAGAAGCCUGUGGAUGAUAUUUUAAGAGUAGAAAUUGAUUUAAAUUGUGAACUGGCAUCCAAUGUUGUUUGUGAUAUAUUAUGGUGGGACAGUAGUUCUGAGAAAGGCAUGGUUGUUGUCAAAGAUUGUACAGGAAAUGUUAUAAACCCAUACCUUAUUUCAUUUGAUAACAAGAAGAGAAAAGCAAAUGUUACAUUUACCAGACAAAUCAUACCAUUAAUAUAUCUAAAAAUUACAACAUGCACUUUGGCUAUUCCUGAAUAUUUAUCAAAUGAGGAUAAAUAUUCUUAUAGGACAUUCAUUUCUACUACCCAUUGCCAACUUCUGGAAUUUUCCAAUGGAAAAUAUGUUAAACAUAUAAAUAUUCCAUUGACAUCAUGUCAAAAUAUUUAUAUGCUUGAGAGUACUGACUGUGAGCCCAUUCUUCUCUGUUGUCAAGAAGACCAGAUUUGUGUGGUUAACUGGAUCAAUUCCAAGAUAUUCAAAACAUACCAAGUGUUCUCAAAUGUAUUAAUUGAUGAUUUUAUUGGAUUAGGAACCUCUCAAGCUCUUCUAUUUAAUGGAUUAAAGUAUGAAAGUUAUGAAACAUUUGAUAACUUCAUACUAACAGACUUUUCUAUGAUUGAUAUUAAAAGGCCAAAAGAACUAAAUAAGAAGGAAGAUAUGUCAUCAACAUUAGACGAAAGCAGCAUUGAUAAUGUAGUCUGUGCCUUAAUAAAAAAAGUACAGGUAACAGAGGCAUCUGUUAUUCAAUGCAAAAUGGAGAGAUCAGAAAAAUACUCGUUUCUCAAAAAACAUUGUGAAAGUUUAAAUAAUAUGCUAAUAAAUGACAGGGCAUCACCGGUGUUGCAGAUUUUUGGAUUGACAGAACUUGUGGUUGGUCAGACCACAGCUUGUGAAGAUGUAGAUGUUCAAUAUUCUGAGAUAGUUGUGAGGUCAAAGUGGCAGGAGAUUACAAAUUCUAACUGGAUUAUUGGAGUUGAAGUUGAAAACAUUGGACCAAGAGCAGUCUCCGAAAUAUCAUUAUGUGCUGUGAACAAAACAAAAGGUAUUCUUACGUCUUCCUCCAAGAUACUUCGUUCCGAAGUCAACGAAGUGCAAAGAAGAACGAUGGAGAAGGAAAUGUUACCCCCGGGUCAGAGAGCAACUGCUGUAACAGUCACUUCUGCACCGAGUUUUUCAUUUCAGGAAGCAUUGUACUGUCAGCUUAAUCUUAACUUGGAAACAUGAUGAAAAUGAAUAUCUAUCUCAGUUUUGUGGCAACAUGACUCUCAGAAUAGAUGAUGUAAUAAAUAGUUCGAACGGAAAGUGUUCUUGCAGCAUCUUGCAUUGUAUCCCUUAAAAACUCAGGUGGUUCUCUCAGUGGAAUAUUGUGACAUCAAUAGCGUUGUAGAAAGUCUGAAAUCAAACACGGAUACGUGUGAACAUUUACCAUCUGAACCAAAAUACCAUUUAAGAUGCCCUUUAGCCACAACGUGUGUUGCUUGGACCUGUAGUAAGAACUUCGAGGCUCUAAUGUUGGAUGUCUUUACAAGGGACUAUAAUCAAUUGAUCUUGUGUCUUCGCCUUUUUCAUAAGCAACUUCCAGGAAAUAUAACAUGGAAACCAUUAGGGAACCAACUAGCACUCAAUAUUGCCUUGACAUGCAUCAGGAAUGAAAUUAGUUUCUCCAUUAAUGAACUAAAAACUCUUCUGCAAGCCAAAACAGCUGUUGGACAAGGCAAUCACCUCCCUACUGAAGAGUCUAACGAAAUAUCUGCGAAAA